GCCUCGCUCUGGACCACACUGCGUUUCUGUCGCACUAAGACUUGGAGUAGAGCAGUUCCCAUGGAUCCAAACAUUCAGGGUUCCUUCCUUUUCAACAACAGCCUCAACCAGUUUUCUUCUGACCUGAAGGCUCCUGUGUGCCAGUAUUCAGUACCCAACUCUUUUUACAAGCUCAACCCGAGUCUCAACAGCCAGCUGCCAGCCGGGACGCCCCACGGCAUCAGUGACAUCCUGAGCCGCUCUAUGAUGGGAGUGGGCUCCACGGGCACAGGCACCCUGCUGUCCGGAUACUCUCCCAUGGGCAGCUUUGGUCCCUCUAUCUCCAACACGCCCGUGUACUACAACCGAGACUACAACUCCUCGCUGAACAGUUUUAACAAGCCGGCCUCAGAGUGCGCCAUGAAGGGGCGCAGUGUGGGCUGCUGGGCCGACAGCAGCUGUGAGUGGAGGACGGGGCGACAGCAGUGCUCCAACAAUAGUGGCCCUCUUGGAGAGAUGCCCAGCAGAAAAAAGCACACUAGGCCGACAUUCAGUGGACACCAGAUCUUUGCUCUGGAGAAGACUUUUGAACAGACCAAGUACCUGGCUGGCCCUGAGCGCGCCCGGCUGGCCUACUCUCUGGGGAUGACAGAAUCACAAGUGAAGGUGUGGUUUCAGAAUCGACGUACCAAGUGGAGGAAGAAAAGUGCGUCAGAGCCUAGCUCCACGCAAAUGUCCCACACAGGGCAGAGUGGAGAGGGCUCAGAGAAUGAGGUGGAAGAUGAGGAGUACAACAAACCCUUAGACCCAGACUCUGAUGAUGAUAAAAUACGCCUGUUACUACGGAAACACCGGAGAGCAUUCUCUGUGCUGCGCCUCGGACCACACCAUGUCUGAUCCACUGUACACUUAUCC